AUGACAAACGAUAAUUUAAGUUCACUCUACGCUCAAUUGUUGAGAAAAAACAAGCUCAAUGGAACAAACUUUCUUGAUUGGGAAAGGAAUCUGAGAAUCAUUCUCAGGUCCGAGGGACGUGAGGACGCCCUUGCAACCCCUAUCCCGAUGGUGACAGAAACCUCAUCUGAUGAGGAGAAGACAAACACAAUUCAGUUGAAAAAUGAAGCAUUGCCUGCAAGGAUAGAACGAUAUGUGACUCACAAGGCUAUACUUGAUAGCAAGUUUUUGAAGGGAAAACAUGUGAGUCCUCAUGUAAUUAGUCUUACUAGACUAUUCAAGAGUAUGGAAAAUUUAGGGACCCCAUAUGACCAAGAGUUGGCCACUGAUAUUGUUCUUAGAUCCUUACAUGAUGGUUUUGCACCAUUUAGAAUGCAAUACCAUAUGAAUGGUCUAAAGCAUGAUUUGAAUGAGCUCCAUAAAUUGCUUAAAAAUGCUGAAGGCAAUAUGAUUGAUGACAAGAGGAAGGAAGUUCCGAAUGUCAACAAUGGGAGGGGUUUUAAGAAGGUGGCCAAGAAAAGGAAUAAUAACCAAGGGAAAGACAAACAAUUUUUCAUACCCAAUGGUGGUGGGAAGCUAAGAGUAGCCUCUGAUCAUGAUUGUUUUUUCUGCAAAGCCAAGGGACACUAA